AUGGCAACGGUGCUGAUUCUCCUGACCUUUCUUCUGCCCCUUGGAGUUCAUGCAGAGGUGAUCAUCAGGGGCCAUGAGGUCAAGCCCCACUCCCGCCCCUACAUGGCAUUUGUUAAGUCUGUAAAAGAAGAUGGGAAGAGGAGUCGCUGUGGAGGCUUCCUGGUGCAAGACAACUUCGUGCUGACAGCUGCUCACUGCAGGGGAAGCUCUCUACACAGCUCAAUGACAGUCACACUGGGGGCCCACAACAUCAUGGCACAGGAGCAGACCCAGCAGAUCAUCCCUGUGGCAAAUGCCAUUCCCCACCCUGAUUAUAAUUCUGAGGACAAGAUCAAUGACAUCAUGCUGUUAAAGCUGCAGAGAAAGGCCAAGAGGACUAAAGCUGUUGAUUUCCUCAAGUUGACCAGGGCCAAGGCCCGGGUGAAGCCAGGGAAGAAGUGCCAUGUGGCUGGCUGGGGGAUAACAUCCUUCAAUGCUACUAAAGCAUCUGACCUCCUACAAGAGGCUGAACUGAGCAUUCAGGUGGACCAGCAAUGCCAGGAAGGCUUCCGUUACUAUUCCACAGCAACAGAGAUUUGUGCUGGAGACCCAAAAGAACUACAGCUUGCUGCCAAGGGUGACUCUGGGGGACCCCUCGUGUGUGACAACAGAGCCCAUGGAGUUUAUGUUCGUCGGAGGAAUAAAGCAGGUCCAAAUAUCUUUACUAAAAUCCCCCCCUUCCUGCCUUGGAUAAAGAGAAACAUGAAGCUCCCCUAGCAGGUAUUAAAGCACCUGUGAUGACCACCUUUUCUGACCACAGGCAAGAAGUUUGGGCAGCAAUCGAUUGUUCAUAAUAAAUAAUCCCCUG